UCAGUAUCGGUCGGCAGCGGUGCGAGGAGCACGUAUCGCCGCCAUCUUGGAUCCCGCCAAAACUUAACGCGGCAAACUUCGAUGACAGAAAAAAAUCGUUGAGUGACUUUUUAAUAACCAAAAAGGUUUAUAAAACAAUUAGUGACUGUUAAAUACGUGUAAAAAAAUGUACAUUAUUUUUGCCGUGCGUGUAAAAGUGCAUAAUUAGUUUAAUUUGUGUUAAACAAUAAUGGAUCUUGUGCAAGCGACGGAACGUUGACCUUAUUCCUUGACAGGGCCAUGGAGCUCAAAACGCCCAAAGACAAGAAGAUAUCGAGUUUCACAAAACUCCUGUCGCGCGGCAAAAUGUUCCGGAUACCGAUUCUCAUCCUCUUCCUUUUGGGUAGCACUAGCUGCGACGACAGCGAAGACGAAUUCCAAUUUCAAAUUCAAAAUUCGAAUUCCGAAUUGCAAAACACAAGCUUGAUGGAACACUCGCAUAGGCACGGACGUAAUACCAGUGGAAAAAAAGAUUUGAGUGACAUUAAAUAUUUAAGACGGCGUUUAAAUAGGGAAAUAGUGAAUUUUGUGAUGACUGACUAUUUGGUGGAUGGUGAGGUGGAGAAUCGUGUUCACUUUAAUGGGAUUACGGCGAAGGAGACUUAUGUUGGCGCGAAUGGGAGCGGCUUGCGACUGCGUCAGCUGACCGACGGCCGCCAUCUUGUGCAGGUCAUCUACACACCAAAUGGCGCCAUCCAGGACUGCGAGUACAUAACCCAAACAAAAUAUUCUAGAAACUUCCUCAAGACAUUACGGAAAGAACUAAAACUCGCAUUAGAGGAACAAAGUAUUAAAUUAACCCAAAAUGAAAUAACAAAUGAAGAUGAGAAAUAUUACCGCCAUUUUAGCAAUGUGACGCUCCGUAUUUUGAGAAACGGAGAGACUCUGCCGAUAGAUGUUGCUAGUUGGUUGGAUUUUGACAAGUUGAAAAUGGAAUGCUUGGAAAGGCAUGAGGAGCUGAAAUUUAUGAUGGCCAAUAAGAAUAAAGUUUCAGAUGCGACGCUCGCUAGGUCACGGAGGUCUUUGAAAGAGAAUUUCAUAGUACCCGGAACGAAAUGGUGCGGCGCCGGCGACCUCGCAGAGAAGUACAGCGAACUCGGCAUGAAUAGGAAAGAAGAUACGUGCUGUAGGGCCCACGACAACUGCAGGCUCAACAUAGGCCCGUUCAGACGAAGAUUCGGCUAUUUCAACUUUAGGCCAUUCACGAUUUCAAACUGCGCGUGCGAUAGAAGAAAAAAACGUGACGCCAUGGAGUUACUGAGAGUGCCAGGGACAAAGUGGUGUGGCAAGGGAUAUUCGGCGACGCGGUACUCCCAGUUGGGGGGCUACACACGCACCGACCGAUGCUGUCGGGUCCACGAUCUCCGCUGCCCGUUCUGGAUCGGGGGCAUGGAGAAGAAAUACGGACUUUUCAACUGGCGUGUCAACACGCUUAUGCACUGCCGGUGUGAUGAAAGGUUCCGCGCCUGCCUGAAGCUGGCCAACACCUCGAUGUCCAACAUGGUGGGCAAGCUGUUCUUCAACGUGGUUCAGACGCGGUGCUUCGUGCUGAAGCCGGUCAAGUCCUGCACGCAGCGGUCCUGGUGGGGGCGCUGUCUGCGGCGCUCGUACACCAAGCGGGCGUAUUUGAGGGACAACAUGCCGUAUUAAUACUAACGCCAUCUAUAUUUAAAAUGAAAAGUAAUUUAUGAUUGUACCAACGCCAUCUAGCGUUAUAGAAAACUACUACGGGACAAAGUUUAUGGAGUGCUCGUUUUAUUAUACCACGUCGGUAGUAAACAAGCAUAAUCCCCUUCUGGUAAGAGGUUACCGUAGCCUAUGGGCGAUAGCAAUUUAAAGAGUGUUACAUGAGCAACCCUUUAAAAUACUGUACACUAUUUUGAAAAACAUCUGUAGCCCAUUCUAUGGGCAGAGUUAUCGCGGAGAAAAUUCCUCUGAAUCCGCACAACAUGCUGUAUUAACUUUCCCCCACAAACCCCCAAGGAGCAAUGCUCGGGAAAAUUAGUUGAAAGUAUUUUAAGAUUACGGUAGAUGUCGCUCAAAGGCUUAGAACACAGCGACAUCUACCUAAAGAGUUACUAGAUUUUUAAGGAGCGCCUCCUUAAAGUGUGUAGAGAAAGACAUCUAGUAAACGAUACCAUAGAAUAGAGAAAUAAGUCAGCAUAGAGGUGCUCACUCCAUACAUCAGUUUUAUUACCAAAACGCUUAUUAUUUUCGUAGUCGACACCUACCGUUAUGUAGCGGAUUUAUCAGUACUGCUACUCGACAAUAGAUGGAACUAUGGACUUAUUUCUCUAUGCUAUAUGAUGUUAUGGACUUCACGUAUGAUGAGGGUAGAGGCGUCAGCCGCACUAUGGUCCCUUUCUGCUAAGGGUGAAACCUCUUUUAAUCUCUGUCUCUUUCACUCUCAUUCCUAAGAAAGAGACGAAGCUCUCAAACGGGGCCGGUAUUAGUUCCCAUUUUAUUGUACUUUUGUUUGUAAAUAAAGUAGGCUUUAAUACGGACAAAUGUGAUUUACUUUAAUAUUGUUUUUAAUAUUAUUCGCGGUGGAGAAUCUAUGAAAUCUCGUAGUUUUAGAUGUAAUAUAAUAUAAUAAUUAUCUGUAGGAGAAGGAUGGGCAUUUUCACGAAAUACUGAAUCCGAUAAGAUUUUGGUUUGUUCAGAGCAAAAAUAAUUUAGUAUAGAAGCGUAAUAAAGUACUGCCAUCUUGGUGAUAUUUAACAAAUUUAACACAUAUCCGUGAAAGCAUAAGGAUCAAAAUCAAAUGGCAUUCUAAAAGUUUUUAUCAUGUAUCGAAAGAUGGCAGUAAAUUUACUGUGACUACAAAAUUUACUUUGCCAAUACGCCUCUAUUUAAAUUCUCUUUGGAUCAGAGAUAAUAAAAAAGAUGUCAAUCUCCAUUUUUAGAUAACCGCGCCCGCGCCGUCUGGGCCUUAUUCAUUUGUCGAUUUUUAUCAUCCAAUUUCUAUAAAAAUUGGUGGAUCUAGUGCCCUAUUCUACACGUAGUAAGCGCCCAUCUAGUAAACUCUCCUAGAAAGUGAAAAAUAACAAUGUAACUGUUAUCGCGAAAAUGCCCAGUUGUAUAUUAAUACAUUUAAAUAAUUCUGUAAUAAUUAAAAUUUAACUCCUUUGAAAAAUGGAAAUGAAAUCUCGAUGUAAAACUACCUGCAGUAUUAAAAUUGAAUUUUCGAUGA